CCUUGUCCAGGAGCAGAUUAAGACCCACACGCCAAACCCGCUGACACGAAGAGAGCUUCUCAGUCAAGUGUCAGGGUUGUAUGAUCCAGUCGGUUUGGUCACUCCUGCAAAGCAAAAAGGAGCAAUCUUAGUUCGCAGAACAUUCCAAGAGACAAAAGUUGAAAGCUGUUUGGUCAAGGACACUUGGGACAUGGCGCUCUCAGAUGCCCUGAGGGAGGACGCCAUUAGGCUUUUUGAGGAGUAUGCCCAGCUUAGCAAAGUCACAUUUGCCAGGGCGCUAACUCCCCCAUGCUUCACCGAAGAACCCUGGGCUAUUACUUUCUCCGAUGGAAGUGAGCAAGCCUAUGGGGCAGUGUUGUACUUAAGGUGGAAUUCAGAUCAGGGCUCAAUCAUUAGAUUGGUGGAGUCCAAAGCUAAGUUAACGCCAUUGGACCACAAAGGGGAUGUUGUCAAAGCAGGGCUGUGUGGGGCAGUGUUUGCCUCACGCCUAAAGAAAUACUUUGAGGCGCAAAGCCGGAUUCAGGUUGAGAGGUGGUAUCACUUUGUCGACAGCCAAACCGUCAUUGGGGCAAUACAGAGGGAGAGCUAUGGUUAUCAGACCUUUUUCGCAAAUAGGAUUGGAGAAAUACAGAGCAGCACAAGGACUCAAGAUUGGUGGUGGAUCCCUGGCCCUCAGAACAUUGCGGAUGUAGUCACAAGAGGAGCCAGUCCCAGAGAUCUAGAUGAAGACUCAGAAUGGCAAAAUGGUCCAAAGUUCUCGAGUUUGCCUGUGAGCGAGUGGCCAGUUAGGUCAGCGAAAGAGUUAGCCGUCACUGCCAAAGAAAACGUCAAUAAGCUGCAAAGAAAGGCAUUUGUCGCUGCCUUGACAAGGGCCGAGGUAAGAGGGCAAGAAGAAAAGCAAAGUCGGGCUGAGGCCCAGGGAGAGCAGCGAAGACCACCUGCAGGGUCAGUCAUCAAGAACCUUGUAGAUGUCAAGCGGUCCAGUGACCUAACCCGAUUGGUAAGAUCAGUUGCUUGGACUUGGAGAGCAGCUAGAAAGUUUCUUGGGGGAAAUCCAGCUGCUAAUGACCCAAAGUGGGAGGCAGUCCCGUAGGCAGGAGUAAUUUCAGUGAAGGAACGUGAAGAUGCCCUAAGAGACAUCUUCCUUGCAACACAAGACAGCGCAGUCUUCCCAAACACUACUACAGAUAGACUGGUAGUAUACAAAGACCCAAGCUCUGGGCUCUUUGUUUGUGGUGGCCGAGUGCAAGCUUUUAAGAAAGACCAGAUUAGUGUUCCCAUCUUGGCUUAUGAUGCUUGGGUGUCUACACUGUUAGCCCGGGAGGCCCACAAUGAGAGUCAUGAGGGAGUUGCUGGGACCCUGCUCAGAAUGAGGAAGAAAGCGUGGGUCAUAAGAGGGAGAAGGAUUGCUCAAAAGGUUGUUGAUGGUUGUGUGGUUUGCCGGAAAGCAAAAGCACAGAGUUGCCGGCAAAUAAUGGGCGACUUACCUCCGGAAAGAACUCAACCUGCUUUACCUUUUGAGUUCACAACAGUGGAUCUCUUUGGACCCUACCAAGUAAAGGAUGACGUCAAGAAAAGAGUCAUGAUAAAGGUUUGGGGGGUUGUAUUCUGUUGUAUGGCCAGCAGGGCGAUUCACACGGAGUUAGUAAACUCCUUGUCGACUGAAGGCUUCUUGAUGGCUUACCAGAGAUUUACAGCAAUUAGAGGACAUCCAAGAAAGAUCUGGUCAGACCCAGGCACCAAUUUCAUAGGAGCAAAGCCUGUCUUGAAGGAACUUUACAGAUUCUUGGAAAGUCAGAACAAGUUCGUCUUGGAGGAGACUGCGGCAAAGAAUGGAACAGAGUGGAUGUGGAAAGUUAAUCCAGCUGAUUCCCCACAUAGGAAUGGAGCUGCUGAGGCUGCUGUGCGCAUUGUGAAGAGAGCGCUCCAGAGUCUUGGAAGGGACUCUGGGCUAAGUUACAGUGAGUUCCAGACAGCUCUUCAUGUGGCAGCUAACCUUGCAAAUGAGCGCCCGAUUGAUGCCAGAGUACAGAGUCGGGAAGGUUGCAUUCAUUACCUCACACCCAACAGUCUUUUGCUUGGUUGAGCAUCUCAAGAUGGGGACUUCAAGAUGUUUGACUUUUCCAUUUACCCCUAUAAGAGACUCCAGGCGAUUCAGGCAGAAGUGAGCAAGUUUUGGAGGUCCUGGAGCCAACUUGCUGGCCCUAAUUUGUUUGUAAGGAGCAAGUGGCACACUGCACACAGAAAUGUCGCUGUUGGAGAUGUUGUCUGGUUAAGUGAUCAGAAUGCGCUGAGAGGACACUUCAAGAUGGGCAUAGUUGUCAGCACUAAUCCAGACAAAAAAGGUAUUGUGAGGGACGUCAAUGUCCGGGUAUGCUCAAGUUACAGCGGUUCUGUGGCUAAGUCCUUGAGAGCGAAGGACUUAAGCUCUGGUUCAAAGGGAGCGACUCCGGUGACUCAAGCUACCAUCCUUCAUAGAGACGUCAGACGUCUAGUUGUUCUAUUACCUGUGGAGGAGCAAAAUGGAACCAAGCCGUCACCAUCAUGCUUCAAUGGGAUGAGUUAAACAGCGGUUUGCUUGUGAAGUUGGCGAUCUCCCGUGUUCCAAGGGAAGAUCGAGCGGGAGGUGUCAAGUCAAACCGAGUAGGAGGUGGAGAGCCUGAGGUAAAAAAGUAAAAGUGAUAGACUGGAGGGCGGAACUAAUCUUGUGUCUGGGUUUCUGUCUGGGAGGAAAAAGAAGGUGAACUGGGGAACAACAGGAAGUUGCCACUUACGGGAAAACCCAGCAUAAUUCUUUCAACAAGUUGUCACCAACAUGGAUAGUGUGUUGAACUGAUGUAUCUACAAAGCCAGGGAGGCAGCCGGUUUUUCACCUAUGACUGACUAUGGCCGAAAAGAAGAUUAAAGGAAAAAAAAAAGGAAAACAAAAGAUCUGCCUGGUCAUUGAGUGAAACCCAGUUAGACACCUGUGGUAGAUGCAUCAAUCCCUUUCA